AUGGGGCUCAACGAGAGAGUGGAGAGUGACAUGGAGACCGACCCUAACGGCCGGACCGGCCUCAUUGUCGCCUGCUACCACGGCUUUGUGGAUGCUGUGGUGGUCUUGGCAGAGUGCCCCCAUGUUGAUGUCAACUGGCAGGACAGCGAGGGGAACACGGCCCUAAUCACAGCUGCGCAGGCAGGGCAUGCCACCAUCACCAACUACUUGUUGAACUACUUCCCUGGUCUUGACCUUGAAAGGAGGAACGUGUUUGGGUUCACAGCCCUGAUGAAAGCGGCCAUGCAGGGCCGAACAGAGUGCAUCCGAGCCCUGAUGCUAGCAGGGGCGGAUGUCCACGCCAGGGACCCCCACCGCGGGAUGUCGCCCCAGGAGUGGGCCACCUACACGGGGCGGACGGAGGCGGUGCGCCUCAUCGGGAGGCUGCUGGAGCGCCCCUGCCCGGAGCAGUUUGGGGAAAAGUACCAGCCAGAGCUGCCGCUGCCCCUCGAGGGGGCUCUGAAGCCAGGGAGCUCCAAAAACUGCUUGCAGAGGCUCACGGAGUUUGUGCGGUCCUCGCUGGCCUCCCGCUCGCGCCAGGGCCUGGAGGAUGGGGGCGUCCUGGACCACAUGGUCAGGAUGACCACGAGUCUCUACAGUCCUGCUGUGGCCAUCGCCUGCCGGACCGUGUGCCCCGAGCACCCCCCCUGCGUGGGGAAAAGGCGGCUGGCGGUACAGGAAAUCCUGGGGGCUCCCGGGGCCCCCGACACCCGGGCGCAGGAGAGGGACCAGGUGGAGGACCCCGAGCAGCAAUUCCGGACCUCCCAGGCGGGGGGUGCCUCCAGAGAGGGGCCCAGGAGAAUUUGGCUGACUGCCUUGCUCAUCGCUAGCCCCACGGCUCUGACGUCUAAACAGGGCAGGAAAGCAAGGCCAUUCAGAGAGGCGGUGUGGUGUCCCUGUGGUGUGAUCACGUCAUGA